CCAGGUGUAGGAUAGGCAGGGCGGAGAGAGAGACCGGAAGUGGGUUUUUGUAACCCGGAAGGGGAAUCUUUCCCUGGUUGUGUUGAUGUUUUGAAGUUGCUGCUGCUACUGCUGCUAAGGGAACCGUCGCUGAAGAAUGGUGUGCGAAAAAUGUGAAAAGAAACUUGGUACUGUUAUCACUCCAGAUACAUGGAAAGAUGGUGCAAGGAAUACCACAGAAAGUGGUGGAAGAAAGCUGAAUGAAAAUAAAGCUUUGACCUCAAAAAAAGCAAGAUUUGAUCCAUAUGGAAAGAAUAAGUUCUCCACUUGCAGAAUUUGUAAAAGUUCUGUGCACCAACCAGGUUCUAAUUACUGCCAGGGCUGUGCCUACAAAAAGGGCAUCUGCGCGAUGUGUGGAAAAAAGGUUUUGGACACGAAAAACUACAAGCAAACGUCUGUCUAGAUGUAUUGAUGAAGUUUCUGGCUUUCUAUCUGAUUUUGCUUUCUGCUUUAAAUUUUCAAGGCGUAUCAUAGAUGUUCAAGUUACAAAAUAACAUGUUUUAAGACAAUUAAGUUAAAACCAGGGAAUUUGAUUAGUAUUCAUUUUUUUGCUCUCAAGAAGUUCUGAGUAGCAGCAUUGUAAUUAGUCUGCCUUACGUGCAUCUGAUUAAACCAGAAUAAGUGGCAAAUUUAACAACAAAAAUAAUGGCCCAGUUCUCUAUGCACUUUUUAUUUAACAUCAGUCACAUAUUCUUACUGUCCUCUCCCUCUACUUGACUUACAGACAUAGUUUGCUCCGAACUUGGCAUCCAGACUUACACUCUUCGUUCGCUCAUUCCCUUGUUGGUUGCCUAGUUCUUAGAAUCAGCAGCACCUUAAUUAAUUGCAGCUUCACAGGCUAUUUAAGUACCUCAGACCAUUAUGGCUGAAUGGUUCCUUGGCCCAGACCCAAAUCAAACACAGAAAUUGUAUAUAUGAUUUUCAAAAAUUUGUUCUUGACCCCAUAGUGCUAAUAAUACCUUUCACAUGAGAAUAAGAACACAAGAAAACACCACAUACAUAUCCAAGUGAAUAUACUGGAUUUCAGGAAAACACAUGACCUUGAAUUCACACUAUUAUGAAAGCCAAGAGAACAGUGUUUGUUACGAUGAUAUACAAUGGAAAUGAAUGACCACUCUUUGGGAAAGCUCUUGGAAGCAAAAAUGAAGCUUGUAAUAUUCUCCACCCCCCAUCCCCCCACCAAAAAAUAAAUAGAAUGAAGCAAACACUUUGAUUCUUAAAAUAUAUGUAUAUAUCUUCAAAGAAAGAUUUUUGUUUCACUACCGUCAGAGGUUCAGGACUUCGGCUUUGGAAACCUGCAGCCUACUAAGGGAAACCAAGGAAGUGUUCCCUAAUGUCAAGUUCAUUAUGUAUAAAUACCAUUAUCAAAUGUGUAGAAUAGAUGACGUGAUAUACAUAAUAAUAGAUGUUGCAUUUGUAUUUUAAAAUUAUGGAAAAUAAAGUUUUAACUAAUUAUAAGUUUUUUAAAAUA